UGUCCACCACAUUUUAGUCGUGUUUUUAUGUUCAUUUGAGCACAAUAGCAGUGUGGGCAGGGGAAGAAGAAGAUAAACAGUUUGUGAGUGGUACGAGAAUGAGAUUGAUACCGAGUUUUGUGGGUGUGGUGCUCGUGGCACUUUUUGGAAUUGUCCAGGCCACACCUGGAAUUCUGGACUUGUUCAAUUUUGAAACAAAAUUUGGACCUCCACCUGUUCGGACUGUUUAUGUCGUUAAGCCUUCCCACGGACAUGGCCAUUCACAUCAUUCACAUGGACAUCACCCUAAGACCAUAAUAAAAUAUGUGUCGAAACCACCAAGCUCUUCGCAUUCUAUUUCUCCAUUUUCCAUAUUUUCCAAACCCUUCUCUUCCUCCUCUGGGGGCUGGAGCUCACUCUCGCAUGGACAUUCCUCACCAUCAGGAGGAAGAGGAAAGGGUACGUAUGGAAAACCAAUGUCAAUGGAGGUCGAUGAAGAAACUUUUACCAAAUUAACUCAACAAGAAGAAGACGACUCAUCCGCUGCAGCUGGACCCAUGAAUGAUGACGCCAUGAAUCAAAUGUUUACCUCCACUCGGGGGAACGUAGACUCUGAAGAUCCCAAUUCUCAAGUAGAAGUGGUGAGUCCCCCACAAACUAUGAGGGGAAUGAGACCACCGCCAACUUCUACUAAAGCAGUCAUGAUGAGCCAAGGAGGAUAUCAACAGCUCCGUUCUCAGGCAGGCCGAGCAAAACCAACCUCUGGAGGUCGAAACCGUCCUUCCAGUUCUAUGGCAAUCAUGUCCGCUGGGGGUGCUUCCCAAGCCGGGAAACGACCUUCCAGCACUUUUAGUCAAAGACCAUCAAGCUUCGAUGAAGAGUCCGGUGAUGCAGAAGGAUUUGAUGAGGAUGCUCAUGUGUCAAUGUCUCCUCCUGUGCGAGGUCGUGGUCAGUCUUCAUCCUCGUCUGAUAAACCAAGCAGUAGUAAACCAGGAAGCAGUAGCAGCAGCGGAUCUGGUUGGUCUUCAAGACCAAAAACAAUAACCUACACUACUCAUGGCGGCUGGGGCGGACCUCCUUCCGGUGGUGGUUGGGGAUCACCGUAUUCCUCAAGUUUUGGAUGGCCCUCGUCUUUUGACGAAGAUGAUUACUGGCCCAUUGGAGGUGGCGGUUGGUCCUCUAGUCCAUCAUCUGGCGGAGGAUGGUCAAGUGGGGGUCCAGGAGAGACUGAUGAGAAUGAAGAAACUGCACCGGAAGAACCUGAAAGUGAAGGUCCUGUUGAACCUGUGGAGGAGGUUGGGACUACGGAAGAAGGCGAAGAUCGUAGACCACAAUCUACCCCACCAUCUACUGGAAGACGACCUUCAUCUGCCGCAGGUCCAACUUCUGCUGGAAGACGUCCACCCACUGGCAGUAGACCAAGCUCCAUGCCUAUUGCUGCUGUAAUGGGUAGAAAUAUUCCUACAUCCCCCAUGUCGAAUCAGCAACCCCGACAACCAACUCGUUCAAAAUUGCCAAGGACAAAUGAACCACAACCAGAACUUGAAUCAGGAACCGGAAGCCAGUCGGAAUCUCCACGACCCGUGUAUGGCCCACCAUCUCAACAACAAGGUGGAUCUGGAAGUAGUAGUAGUGGCAGCAGCAGUAGUAAUAUCGGAAACUCUGGAAGUGGGCAAUUGAUGAUUGGAGGUCAAGUGAUUUCUAAUCAAGAUGGACUUCUUGAUGAUGAAUUGAUUCGAACGGUUCAGCAAAUUAUUAUGACAUUUGACAAAAAUUGAGUUUAUGAAUGUGUAGACGUUACAUCAUUCUAUAGAAGUUCAAUAUUAAGACUAGUCAGUCCCAUCCAAAAGUGAUGCUUUAAAUUGCAUAUGACUGAAAGUAAGCAUAUUUGUACUUUUAGAUCUUACUCGUGGGCCACAAGUCGUGGCAUGUUGUUUUGAGUGAGUUAAUCAGCAUUUUGCGAUGCCUCUUUAUUGUAACAUUUUCUGCAUAUGUAUUUAGUACGUUUAUAUCACGAUUUACUACUGUUACUGUUAUUAGUUUCGAAAUCGGAUGCAUCUUAAUUACACGAUUAUGAGUAUUACUUGUACUUUAUACAUAUGUACCUCGUAGGUAAAUGACAUUGAAGCACGGAUGACAACAAAUAAAGACGACAUGGUUGUUGAAAAAAUCA